AUUCCCUUCUUCUCCAUUUCUGCAGUUCUUCUCUUUCAUUUCACAAUUCUCUUUCCUUGUCUCUCUCGAUUUUUCCCGCCGUUUAUUUUCUUCUGUCUUCCCGAACUGUGGAAUCGAACGUUUUGUUUCAGGAUUUGAAGUGAAGACAUUAUAUAUUCUUUCUUCUCCAUGGAAUUCUUCGGUAUUUGUAACUGUUACGUUGCAGAAAGCGGAGGAGAAGAAAAUUUCCAUGGCAGUACUUGAGAUUGAGCUACUUGCAGGAUUUUCUGUGUCUUGCAUUCUUUUCCCUCGAGAUUUUUUCAAGUUCUGUACAGAAAAAGAAACAACGAAAAAAGAAGGUGAGAUUAAGCCGUAUUUGACAGUGAGAAAGGGACUGAAGGGAGGGAGUUUCUGUUUAAAAUGGGUUUUAAAACGAGGUUUGCAGACUUGAGGAGGUGAGACUGCGAGGCCUGAGAUAGGCAGCGUCUUUUGCCUUUGGAGAGCACACAAUUUCUGCAACUUUAGAAAGUUUUGAACGAAAGAGCGGCCUGCUGUGCUGACUACAGAUUGCGAUAUAAAAGAAGCCAUUUUAAUUACUACACAGACAGCACAAAGUGAAGAAGUAAUCCCUGAAUUACCAGUCAUCAAUAUGUACAGAAUACAAACACCCCACCUGUUGCAGUUCAACAUUGGCGCAUCAUAUUUCUCUCUCUAGACAACCUGCACAAAGCCCCUCUUUCCCUCUCUGAAGAGGUGGAAAAAAACAAGGGAUAAAGAGCACCUGUCAAAGGUCAAAAGGGGUCUCCAUUUACGGAUCUUUGUUUGAGUAGUUAAGGAAUGAAAGUGUCAUGGAGGUGGUGGAUAAUAUUCAAGAACAACCGCGUAAGUUUCCAAGGUUAGCAAAUGGUAGAAGUAGCGACUCCACUAAGAUAGGAUUUAAAGGGGUUGAGAACAUUCACCCGGAGGAUGAAGAAGACAAAGAAUCUAAAAGGGUUGGCGGUAGCACUGCUGGAGUUGGCCGUGGAGGAGCUGAUGAUGAUGCUAAUCAGCUCCGUGGGUGGCACCACUCCCGGAUUAUUAGGGUUUCUCGUGCUUCUGGCGGGAAGGACAGACAUAGUAAGGUGUGGACUUCAAAGGGCUUAAGAGACCGAAGGGUUCGGUUAUCGGUAGGGACGGCGAUUCAGUUCUACGAUCUUCAAGAUCGGCUGGGUUUUGAUCAACCAAGCAAGGCCGUCGAGUGGCUCAUCAAAGCUGCCGCAGAUGCAAUAACGGAGCUGCCUUCGCUGAAUACCUCUUUUCCAGAAACUCCGAAGCAGCUGAGUGGCGAAAAGAUUAGUGCUACUGAUCAACCCGGGCCGUUCGACUUAGCCGAGCAGAAUCAAAGCCAAUUACAUGUUUCUCUGUCCAAAUCUGCUUGCAGUAGUAACUCUGAAACCAGCAAGGGUUCAGGUUUGUCUCUCUCGCGAUCUGAAGUUCGAGUAAACCGCCUCAAAGCUCGGGAAAGAGCAAGGGAGAGAGCACAAAAGGAAAAGGAAAAAGAACAAGACUCCUCUCGCAUUGCCGAUCAUAAUCUCACCUCCAUGACCCAAAACUCAUCUUUCACCGAGCUACUCGCUGGCUGUGCUGCAACCGUUUCAGCUCAUGGGGACGCUGGCGUGGCGGCUGAAAGGCAGUGGCAGCCGUCGACCGUUGCGAUGGAUUACUUCAGCUCGGGAAUUCUUGAGACGUCCACUUCUAGAUCUCAUCACUCUUCAGGCUUUUCCGAACAAAUCAAUUUGGGAACUUCUUUGCCACAAACCAUGUCAAGCACUCCCUUAUUUAAUAGCGUCUCAGCUGGUGACAAUAAUACAGAGCAGCUUCAUCAUUUCUCAUUUGUUCCCGAUGGCAAUAUAGUUCCCGUGGUCACAACUCAACCGACCGGUGGCAGCGACUACAACCUCAACUUCACUAUCUCUUCCAACCUUCCGGGUUAUUAUAGGGGGACCCUUCAGUCCAAUUCAUCUCUUUUGCCUCAUAUCCAGAGGUUUUCUCCUGUUGACGGAUCUAAUUUACCUUUCUUCUUCGGAGCGGCGACAUCGGCUGCUCCACCACUGGAAAAUCAUCACCAUUAUCAGUUUUCGCCUGCAUUUGACGGCCGUUUGCAACUCUGCUAUGGAGGUGGAAACCGUCAGUCAGAACCGAAAGGAAAAGGAAAGAACUGAACUCUUCGCAAAGCAUAUUUCUCUCAGCGUAUCUUCUUCCUGGAAUAUGAAAGCGCAAGAAGGAAGACUAGAAGCUGAGGCAGGUUCUGCUGUUUGGUUGCACCACGGGAUAGGUUUCAGUUUAAAACGUAAGUAUUUGGUGUCUGGAGAACUCUUUGCCAGAUUUUGAAUGUAAUUUCCCUUAUUGUUUCACGUGUGGUGUUGAAAUCUUUGCUAGCUUUGUUUUGAUAGCUGUUAUUUGCGGUGUUUUGAGCACUUGAAUUUUCCUUAAAUUUCUCCCCUUGAUUUGCGGGUUGUUUUGUAUUGGUUUCUUAUUGAAUAAAACCCCAUCGUCUAAACAGAUUAGUUCAGAGAAAAA